GUUUUCUAAACAUGGCUGCCGGUGGAGUCUAAUGAUAUUUUUUUUGUGAAUUCUGCCCUAUUCACUAAUUUUAAAUCAAAUCAAAACUUUGUUAAUGGUGUUAAUAUGACAUAGUAGUUACAGUUGAAAUAAGAUGACUUCCACUCCAAAGACUGAAAAAUGCGGACAAGAGAACGAAUCAGGCAGCGAGGGGAGCUCGGGCCACCGCGGGUCGUUGCGCGGCGCCAACAAGUUGGCCAGGCGCGCACGUUCAUUCAAGGACGACCUGCUGGAACGCAUCUCAAACAUGCGCUCACCGGGGCAACAGCAUCACCGACCGCAUCUCUCUUCCAAUAUCAGAUCACAUUCGCCACUUAGUCCAAAAAUCCGGAAUAUGACAAACAAACUCAACACCGCCGAGGAAGGGGAAAUCACACCUGCCAAAGAACUCGAACGGCUAGUCAAAGAAGUUACGUUCGGCUUAAAACACUUUUCGGAUGUUAUCACAAAAGGGAAACUGGAAAUGCUCCCCGACAAUGGCACCAUUGUUUUUGAAUCUAUUGCAAAUAUACACAAAGCAAUAAAACCUUACUGCAGUCGUUCGCCGCAACUAACAAGCGCCGUUAAACGUCUCUGUGCGGCAUUAGCCACGCUCAUACGACUGUGUGACGAGAUCACCGCCUUAAGUUUGCGUGCAGACGCUAGCAACGAGGAACUAGACACUUCGGCAGAAGCUUUGUCCUCAGAAUACGUGAGUUCUGUAGUGAAGGGAGUAACGGGCGCCGUGGAGGACGUGUCAACCCUAGCCCAGCAACAUAUGACGCGGCCCGCGCUUUCCCCACGUCCCGCACUCGUAUCACCGCGGUCUUCGACGCAAAGGAAUUCUUUGCCAGAUAUUCCGCUAACUCCGAAGGAGCGUUCCUUGCUGACAGGUGAGGGGGGAACGGAGGCAGGCGGCGUGCGCGCGUCGCAUUCGUCCGAGUCUGUACUAGACGCUCCCGACUCGCCGCCGCCCAAGCCUGCCAGGCCCAACCGGAAAGUCGAGUUGGCCCCACCCCUGCCGCCUAAGCGUAAGUCAGCGAACGACAACUCCCUACUGGCUCUCUCUAUUGAUAGACUGUCCCUACAAUCUCAUAGUAGUGGUUCGCUGGACUCGAUGCUGAACGUAUCAAAUGAUGAGGAGAGAAACGUGCACGAUACUAACAAUCAUGACCAUGUAUUUGCCACACCGCCUAAUUCUGACUUAGUUGGCAUUUGCAGUUGCAACAAUGUGAACGAGUUGCGCGCGUCAGUGGAGUCGCACGAGUCACACAUGAACUCUACUCAUAUGCACGCUCAUUCCAACCAUAAUCGUUUCUCCAAUGAGUCCGGCUUUGUGUCUGUCGCGGAGAUAUCAGCUGAGCACAGCUUCACGUCGAUUUCAUCACACCACUACACCAGCCAUACGGACAGAUUGGCGAGCAUCACGUCAGACGAGAACGAGACGCCGCCCGAGCUACCUGUGAAGACGCGGCGCAACAUUCGCGGCGAGGUGCAGCAACAGUUCCCCAAUGUUGAAAUCAGGUCGGGCGGGUCGUGCUCGCUGCAUGGGGAGGCGCGCCCGCACACGCUGGCCGUCCACCAGCCGCCGCGACCGCCGCCACUGCCGCUCAAGAAAAAACACAUAAUGGCGUACAUGGAGAUGUUCGGGAACUGUAGUCAUCCGCCGAACAACCCCGCAGCACCGCCCGACAUGUUCCGUCACUCCAUACACACGUACAACGUUGCCAGUGCUAAACAACUCGGCGACGGCGCAUUGAGCAUGCAACAUCAACAAGUACAGCGUUCUAUCGCACAGUCAUUCACCGUGCAUUUUGGAAAUCCACCAAUGAGCAGUGGUUCAGAAGAUAGUGUAAAUAUGAUAACAUCAAGUGGUACUAGUCCGAUCCCGUUAGAGCCACCACCAGCUCUUCCGCCUAAGAUGAACAAGAGUAAACAGCUCUCUGUGAACUCCAGCAACGAGUUACUGCCACCUCCAUCUCCGCGGCCAUCAUCACACAAUAGCUCCACAGAUGAAACUAUGAUAAAUAACAAUUCAGAUGAGUCGUUCACUAGUGCAGCGGCGCCCGGGAAGUUCCCACUUGAGGAUGAAUUGGAAAUGCUGGUGCAACAGCCCACUCCUUCACCUGUACCAUCGCAUAGAAGUGAGGGUAGCACGGAACCUCCACCGGCCACAGCUGAAAGCAAUAGUACUAGUGAGCCCCCGCCGGCGGACGCAGACGAUAUCAUCCUACAGACAGACAUUAGUUCGUGGCUAGUACUCCGGGAUCUCACCAAGACAGAAGGCACUGCGAAAGACGGGCCCGAAGUUCGCGGAGGAGACCCUGACGCUCUCAUCGUACUCGCCACUAAAGCCACUAAAGACUUCACGUACCAGGAGGCGUUCCUGGCGACGUACCGCACGUGGGUGUCGCCGGGCGGGCUGCUGGCGCGCCUCGUGCGCCGCGCUCACCAUUUCCGCGCGCGGCCCCACGACCUGCGCUCCACGCUCUGUCUGCUCACGCGCGUCGUCGCAGACCUCACGAUGUCCGAUUUGGAUUGUUCACUAAUGCAAGAGAUUAAAGAGUUCAUUUAUUGGCUCGUGGAUGCUGAAGAGUUGAUCAUAGCGAAAGCUCUUAGACAAAUUCUAGUCGACAAGCAGAAACAACUGCACUUCCAACAGACGAAUAGCAGAUACGAAUAUGAUACGCCGUGCUAUGGCAGUGUAUCUACGCGUCGAGACACACUCCUAGACUUCAAGGCGUCAGACUUGGCCGAACAGAUGACAUUGUUAGAUGCCGCGCUAUUUAUUCGUCUUACUACUGCUGAAGUGCUGUUAUGGCCACGCGACCAGUCGGAAGAAAGCUCGCCUAACCUUACUCGCUUCACGGAACAUUUCAACAAAAUGAGUUACUGGGCGCGCUCUAGAAUUUUAGAACAGGAGGAGGCCCGAGAGCGAGAAAAGUAUGCGAGCAAGUUCCUGAAGGUAAUGAAGGCGCUCCGUAAGAUGAACAACUUCAACUCGUACCUGGCGCUGGUGUCGGCGCUGGACUCCCCGCCCGUGCGGCGCCUGGGCUGGCCGAGCUCCAUCGUCAACACGCUGCACGAGUGCUGUCUCAUCAUCGACUCGUCCUCCUCCUUCCGCACCUACCGCCAGGCCCUCGCAGACACGCAGCCACCCUGUAUACCAUACAUUGGUCUAGUCCUUCAAGAUCUGACUUUCGUACACAUCGGUAAUCCCGAUCAUCUACCUGAAGGUGGCAUCAAUUUCACCAAGAGAUGGCAGCAGUACCAAAUAAUGGAGAACAUGAAGAGAUUCCACAAAGAGCAGUAUAAGUUUAAGAAGAACGAACGGAUUCUGGCCAUGUUCAACGAGUUCGAUGACGUGCUGAGCGAGGAGGCCAUGUGGCAAGUGUCAGAGAGCAUCAAGCCGCGUGGCGGCCGCGCCCGCGCUGCGCCUGCGCACGCCGCGCACCCUGCGCCCGCGCAGACUGCCGCCUGACUGCUCCGCAAGCACUCCCCCCUCCACAGUAAAUGUUAAAUCCAAAGAAUAUGAAGAUGCAGAACGAUAAGAAUCGCUUGAAUGUCGAGGAGAUAUAUUAAUUUAGAGAAAUUGUGAUUAUCUGUCCUAAAAAGGCCUAAUUAAUAUUAGUGUAUUUAUUAAUUGUGCGAUUUUCUCGACUGUGAUUGAAUCGAGUGCGAAUGUGAUGCGUGGAAAGGUUGAUGCGAUGACGUUGAGGUUUGCGCGCUUACGAUUUCAACGCUUUUCAUGUGCAACAAAUGAUAAUAAUCGAGUAAAUAUUAUUUCUAUCAGUAUUUAAAUCGAAUAACUGUCGUCUAUUACAUAUCAGCAUGUGACUUGCAUAGUGUACUAAAAAUGAAACGAGCGACGCCUUGGGUGUUGUAAAGUCCUUGAACCAUCUCGUUGUUGUAUUUGCCAUUGAUGUCAUUAUAUACAUUAUUGAGUAAGCCAGCUUCGGAAGUUAGCUUUCUAUACAUCGAAUUAGAGGAAACUUUUUGAAGUCUUAGGAAUAUUAGAAGUACUACUGUUUGAUAAUAGUGACUUAGUCGAUAUUAAGCAUUUCGAUUGUAUUGAUAUUUAAAGUCAUUUAUUGUUCACAGUGUUUGAAUAACAUAAUAACGCGUAAGCAUCUAAAAGAAAUGGGACAGUUCGAUUUAAUGUAGUAGACAGUUUACGUGCACUCUCCAUACUAUGUUUUUAUAAGGGGCUUCCGUAAAAAGAGUGAGAAAUGAAACCCAUUUUUAACAUUCAUGAAGUUAUAAAAUAGUAAUUAUAUUUUUAUACAGUACAUGUACUAAAGAUUCCCCUAAAUAACAAGGCGUUUUGUCAUAAACAUAUCAUUUUUAAAUGUGUGCCAAACUUGAAACCAUAGAAAUGUCCCAUUUCUGUACUUAGAGUAACUACUUUAUAAGUACCUAUGCGAAAAUUGCGUAUUGAAAUUUGUAAAAAUGUUCUAACGGUACAAAAUGGCAAGAAAUACUCUAAUAAAAUAAACAAAUACAAUGGGUUGCUCUAAACAGAGCAUUUAUUGAGAUCUUCGAUCGUAUCUAUUUGAAACAAAAAUCAAUGUCUUGCAACUAAGUCAUAAUUUACCGUCGAUAGAAGGUACUAAUAUGAGUCUCUUAGGAUUUUGAACAUAUUGAGAUACUAAAAUAAUACUUAAUUUCAAUCGUCUAAUGUUAAGUAGUCCAUAUACUAAUGAGACCGAUCUCUUAUAUUUUUGUGAAAACGUAAAUUAACGCGUUGACAGAUGCAAUGUGACAAUGCCAUUUCAUUAUUGUUGGAAGUAUAAUUGAAUGCAAUAUUUUUAUGUAUGCUCCUAAACUAUUCAUAUGAAUUUGAAGCAUAUUUUAUUUUUGAUAUUCAAAAACUUUUUCCUAUAGGUUGCUACCUGCAAGGAAGCUAACGAAUUAAAUACUUUUGAGAUGUAUACUUAUUUACAUUAUUCUUCAGCGUUCGCGUAAUUGUAAUGUAAUACGUAUAAGAUUUAGAAACAAUGCUGCUAGCUAUGAUACUACUAGUAGCUAGAAAUAUUAAUCUUUGGAAAAAUAUUAAAAUUCACUUGAUAAUCUCAUGUUCACAAGUAAUCGCAUUUUUAAAAUUAUGGUAGGACAAAUUUAAAUAGUGUAAUAAUUAUAAUCAACGUUUCAUUUGCCUUAAGACAAUCGAGUCUUCAGUGAAAUAGCAAUAAAAUUAAUUGUUAUUAGAAUUGCUGCACAAUUUGUGAUACUAAUCAUGUAGAGUGCCGCUUACUUACUACUCAGUCUUAUUGACGUCCUGUACGUGUAGGCAAUUGUAUUAGAAGAAUAUUAGUAGUAAGCGUAAUAAACCCCAAUAUGAUAGUGUUGCUGAGGUGUGCACGUAUUUGUUACUUACGUUCACGAUUGUUGCCGAGCUGCCUCGUUUGUUGCAACUUGCGAUUUUACGCGCAAUAUGUUUAAUCGUGCUAUAAUUAACAAGUGUCAGUGUUACAAUAGGAAAGAAAUUCAAGCAAUACCAAUUUUAAUACAGAUUAAGAGUAAAUGUUUUUGCAUCGAUCAGGUAGUUCGUAUAUUCAAAAGGAACGGUAUCGUUCCGUGCAAUAAUAACUAGACCAAUAUUUAGAAUGUUUUACAGUGCUUUACAGAAUUAUGUGCUGAUAUUGUAUUUUGUAUGUAAAAUAUUUUGAUUGAUAGUUAAGUUAGUAGGGUACGUACGUACGUUACCAUUCUUUAUCUGGUAUUAUUAUUUAUUUAGUGUAUUAUGAAUUUAUUGAAUACGAAUCGAUUAACGGAUAUAAUUAUUAUCUAAAGUAUAUUAAAGACUGCCUAAAUUAAUUAUUCACUGUAUUUGAUGUGUAAAUUAGAGAAAUAUUUUAAAAUGUCCCAUUAUGUCACCAAAGGAGGUCUUAUAAAAGGGGCGUUGCAUCAAGUUGAUUGAUACCUGUAGUUGAUUAACAAAACCACUCUAAAGAACAAUGAUAGGUGUUAUUUAUCUAUGAAAAUCAUUUGACUUUGAUGCAAUCACUUUGUGUGAGAUUUCUAAUCGUAAAGCAAUGUAGCCUUGGCUUAAUUUUACAAUACACAAUGAUAAUUUGUCACAAUGUUCAUAUUUAUUGCCUACAUACAUUAGUAGCAUAUUCAUAAGAAGUAUAAAGAUCACAUAUAGUGAACAGCGUACAUAUUUUUGUUGUAUUAGCAAGUUCAGUAUUACGUUAAAUUAAAGAAUUGCCAUAAUCUUAUGAAUUGAAUUAUUAUUAGUAUUUUGGGACCGUUUUUUAAGUUCAGUUCUUACUUUAAGUAGUUUUUUUUUUAUUUUACAUUAUUAUCCUAUAUUGUACAUUUAUGAUUUAGUUGGUUUAAAAAAAUCUGAACCGCAAGUGUGUACAGUUAAAUUUUGUGUGUCAAGUUCUUUUUGUAACUAUUUUGUAAA